CAGUCGCGCGCGCUGUCGCAGCAUCAGCGUUAUAAUAACUGAGCGCAAAGGGCUGUAAGAGCAGAGCAGCUUUCAGACUGGAUGCCGAGUCAUUCGUUCUCAGAGUUUUUUUUAAAUAAUCAGGAAUAAAAAGAGGCUAAAGAUUAGCAGUUUAUUUCCAGGAUUCUUUGCAAAACAGCCAUGGAAUAUCCAGCUGGACAAACUUCACUGUCAUUAAUGUUGCUUAUUUUAACAGUGAUCAGUAUCAGUCAUGCUCUCUUGGAUAGAACUGUAGAGGCAAGUUUUCCAAUGCCGUUAAAUUCUCUUCACUCGAGUCCAGCAGAAGCAGGCCAAGCCAUUACGUCCUGCAAUUUUGAAUCUCCUUGCUCCUGGACCAUGUCCAAUCACAGCACUCAUGGAGACUGGUAUGUCACAUCACCUCAGCAGCACUGGGCCAGCCAACGGGGCGUCCAACCAUUCACAGAUCACUCUGUUGGAGAUUCUAAAGGUCACUUCCUGGUUCUGAGGCCUGGCUCUGCCCUGUGGGCUUCUGGGAGUUGCACAUUCCACAUUGCAAGUCCUGUAGUGGUAAGCAGUGGCCCACAGUGUCGGCUUCGUUUGGCUUGCUUCCAGCCAGAACCAAGAACGGGAAACUUGUCUGUCUCCAUAAAACUCACAGAUUCUGAUGUCAUCAACUCACUGACUUCUGUCAGCAGGGAAAAAGCUGGCAUUAGGACAUCUUGGGAGGUAUUAGAGGCAUCAAUAGGGAAAAUGGACAAGCCCUUCCAAGUAACAGUGCAGUACACGUCUUGUAGUGGUCACGAUCUUGGACUAUUGGCCAUUGAUUCAUUGGAGCUAAAGGACUGUCACAUGGAAAGCAGAGAUGUGGAGGAGCUGGUUCUAGAUUGUGAGGAGAACUCAACUGUUCGCUGUGAUUUGGGCGGCUGUGUAGAUAAAAGAAAAGUCUGUGAUUUCCGCAGUGAUUGCCCUCUAGGCGAGGAUGAAGGAUUUAUUUGUGAUAUGUUGCCAUUGGGGUCGUACUGUUCAUUUGAGUUCGGCUCCUGUGGGUGGACAGUCUCUGAUUCACAGUCCUCCUGGAACCUGAGCAGCGGAGAACAACUAUCCAGAAGUAUUGACCUAUUAGGAACAACACUCCAAAACACUCAAGGACACUUCCUGUUCCUGAAGGUCAGAGGCAAUGCUAAUGGAAAUGAAGCAUCAGUUUACAGCCCAGCUCUUCCUGUGACGCUGUCUAGGCAAGAUUGUCAGUUGCGCUUCUCCCUGUAUCUAUAUGGGGAUUUUAAUGGCACAGUGCGUCUGUCGGUGGUAGAGAAUGGUACUUCAGUGACCCCUUUAGUGUGGGAGAGAGCUGGACAUUGGAAGGACAACUGGCAAGAUGUCACUCUACAGAUCACUGACCUCCGAAAUGGGUUCCAUCUGAUAGUGCAAGCCCUGUGGGCUGCUGACUCAGAAGCUGACAUUGCGCUGGAUGAUAUUUCUUUAAGUGCGACAUGUUUUGACACAGAUCUAAAAGCUUUGCUUCUUGGCCAUCAACAUGAUUUGGACUCCAAGAGCCAGUUAGACGUCCUGAGUCCUCUUCCUGAGCCUUCUGUCUCAGAAGUGUCCCAGAUAACGUGGUGGUUCACCUCAUGUGGGGCCAGUGGACCUCGGGGUCCUACUCAAGCACAGUGUGACAGUGCCUAUCGUAACACCAAUGUUAGUGUGCUGGUGGGAAAAGAAGGCCCUCUCAGAGGUGUUCAGAUGUGGAAGGUGCCUGCUACCAACAGAUACAAGAUCUCAGCAUAUGGAGCUGCAGGAGGCAAAGGGGCAAAAAACCAUAACAAACGCUCGCAUGGUGUCGUCAUUUCAGCUAUCUUCACGCUGGAGAAAGGAGACAUCCUGUAUCUUCUGAUUGGUCACCAGGGGGAAGAUGCUUGCCCAGGGAGGAACCCUCUAACUCACAAAGUCUGCCUAGGUGAGUCAUCUGUGAUUGAGGACAGCUUUGAAAGUGACGCAUCUGCUACAGAAUGGGCCGGGGGUGGAGGCGGUGGUGGGGGUGCCACAUUCAUUUACCACAUGGAGAAUGGGGAGCUGGUGCCUCUGCUGAUAGCAGCAGGUGGAGGAGGGAAGGCGUAUCUGGAGGACCCUGAGAGCAGUUUGGAUCAGAUCCCUCUGGAACAGUAUGAGAAUGACACAGUGGCCUCUGGGAUCAAUGGCAGAACUGGAGCAGCAGGAGGGGGAGGUGGUUGGAAAGACUCCACUACUCACCCGUGGGCAGGAAAAUCUCUGUUUGAAGGGGCAGAAGGUGGCUCACCUUGCCCCCAGGCCCUGUCUAAACUUGGUUGGACGACUUUUGGAGGGUUUGGAGGAGGAGGAGGAUCCUGCACUGCUGGAGGAGGUGGUGGAGGAUACAGAGGUGGUGAUGUGGCCCACACUGAUGACCUCACAGCAGAUGGACAGGAUGGCAUUUCGUUCAUUCAUCCCUCAGGAGAGCUGUUUCUGCAGCCUUUAGCAGCCAUGGAAAGUCAUGGGGAAGCUGAAAUUGAAGUGCAUCUGAACUGCAGCCACUGCCAGACUCAGAGCUGCAAACGUGAUAAAGAUAACAGGUUCAUCAUCUGCCUGUGUCAUCACGAUGAGAUUCUUGCUCCAGAUAAUGUCAGCUGCAUAGCAGAAACACAGGGUUCCAUGGUCGCCGGACACCCGUCCUUGUCUCUGAUAGUGGCAGUGGUGGCGUCCGCUGUGGUGACGGGUGUUGUGUUGACCUGUGCUUGCCUUACUCUCAUGUACUACCGCAAGAAGAACCACCUCCAUGCAGUCCGGGUGUGUUUGCAGAGCCCCGAACACAAGCUGAGCAAGAUUCGCUCCUCCAUCAUCAUGACUGACUACAACCCCAACUAUUGCUUUGCUGGUAAAGCUGCAUCACUGUGUGAGCUGAAGGAGGUUCCACGCAAGAACAUCACACUCCUCAGGGCUUUAGGGCACGGUGCUUUUGGAGAAGUGUAUGAAGGUCAGGUUCUGGGUAUGAAUGGAGACAACACUGCCAUGCAGGUUGCUAUCAAGACUCUUCCGGAAAUCUGUUCUGAGCAAGACGAGAUGGAUUUCCUCAUGGAGGCACUAAUUAUGAGUAAGUUCAACCAUCAGAACAUAGUGCGCUGUAUCGGAGUAAGUCUUCAGAUCCUGCCCAGAUUUAUUCUUCUGGAGCUCAUGACUGGAGGAGACAUGAAGAGCUUUCUGAGACAGAACCGCCCCAGAGCUAAUCAGCCCUCUUCUCUGACUAUGCUGGAGCUGCUGCACAUGGCCAGAGAUAUUGCAUUCGGCUGCCGAUACCUGGAGGAGAACCACUUCAUUCACAGAGACAUCGCUGCACGAAACUGCCUGUUGACUUGCCCUGGUCCAGAGAGAGUCGCCAAAAUUGGAGAUUUUGGAAUGGCUCGUGACAUAUACAGGGCCAGUUACUACAGGAAGGGUGGUCGCGCCAUGCUGCCAGUGAAAUGGAUGCCGCCUGAAGCCUUUCUAGAGGGUAUUUUCACUUGCAAGACUGAUACAUGGUCAUUUGGUGUUCUGCUGUGGGAGAUUUUCUCCCUGGGCUACAUGCCCUACCCAUGUAAGACUAAUCAAGAGGUGCUGGAGUUUGUGAUGAGUGGAGGACGCAUGGAUCCACCUAAGAGUUGCCCAGGACCAGUUUACCGGAUUAUGACACAGUGUUGGCAACACUGCCCAGAACAUCGACCAAACUUCUCAGCUAUUUUAGAGAGGAUCAACUAUUGUACUCAGGAUCCUGAUGUAAUAAAUACUCCGCUUCCAGUGGAGUAUGGGCCAACUGUGGAUGAAGAGAUCAGCACUGUGAUUCGUCCAGUAGCAUCUGGCAGCAUGACUCCUCUUCUAGUGAGCCAGUCACUGGAAAUGCCUGUGCAGCCUGCAAUCCUAACUCCACUCCCUCAGGUCCAGAAACCUCGACUGCUGUUACAGCGGCCACCCCAAAUGCCUCAAGAGGUGGCCAUACGUGAAGCUUUGGAGCCUUUUUGGGCUGAGCCACCUUCAGCUCCUGGAGCCUGCUCAAGCUCCUGGCUACAGGUCCCAGAGCACCAACCAUGCUCCAGAUCAGGCUCCUCCUCAGGAAGCCAGAAGCUCAAGAACAACACCAAGAAUCUUUGGAACCCCACUUAUGGUUCAUGGAUUCUGGAGAGCUUUGGGAGGACAACCCAACCUGUGCCUUUGUCCUGUACCACCACUGCUCCGUCUCAUUUUACCUCAACCUCAGAGCAUAACGACUCUGGGACUGAAGCUAACGUGUCACCAUGCUCAAAUUCAUCAACAGUUCCCUCUCAGAUGAGCUCUAGUCCUCCAGGACCUUUGAGUCUCAGUUCACGAAAAGGGGCAGCUGAGGCUGGAGGGAGCUCACUUGCUGUGGUCAUGGAUUUGGCUAAGCUCCAGAGCUUCCCUUGCGGCAAUGUAAAUUAUGCGUAUGAUGAACAGAGCUAUGAAGCUGAGAGCCUACCCCUGGUAGUUGCCAAGUCUCCAAAACCCAACAGUAGUUCUGCAAUUAGCUCCUCUCUAACAGCACUGGGCCUGGCUUUCUCUGUUACCCACAAACCAUUGGUCAAGCGUCACGCCAGCUACGGGCAUGAAGAUGUCAGGAGGCAUACCAAGCCAGAGAAACCCAUACGAGACAGAGACUCAGGCUUCUCAUUGUCAGAAGAUCUUAGUGUUACUCCUGUGUAGCACAUUCAGAUGCUGAACUAAAGCCAGAUAUAAUACUGAAAAUAAUGUAGCUCAUGUCAUUCAGGUUGCCUCACCUAGAACGAUAUAAAUUGAGAGGCCAGCGACACUCUUGUAUGUCCAAAGUAACAGAAAACAAGAUGAAGACUAGUCCAUUUUUCUUUUUGUGUGAACAAAUACUAUGGCAUCAGUAAUCUAUGAAUGGGUAAUUCAACACAAGCAUCUUGUGCAUAUAUAUUACAGAAAAGUUAGAACAUCACUGGAGGGCAUUACUUCCACUCUGAUUAGUGACAUUUUAAAUCAAUACCCCUAGAUUCAAUGCAUGCUCAUGCACUUUUUCACAAAUCUGUCUCUAAGUGGCGUCGUAGUGUGAGGGUUACAGAACAGUGGAUCUAUCGCAAAGGUUGAAAUAUGUAUAUAAUGAGUUUUAACUUUAAUCAUGAGCGAAGUGAGAAUUGGGGCUUUUUUUUUUUCUUUCAGUUUACGUGAAACUCUGCACAAACAGCAACCUGACCUGAGCUAAUUCCCAUUUCCUAACAGUAUAAGGAACACUGUAUACAGUUUUUGUUUAGUUUUAAUUAUUUUCCAUAGUAGAUUCUGAGUGUUUUCCUGAGUGAAUUUUAAAGGAACAG